AUGGGCAAAGUGGUUCCGCCAACCCCGGCUGACUUCAUCCAGCUCUUCGCUACAGUUCACGAAAGAAGGGGUGUUGCUGUGGGCAAUGCCUUAGGCCCUCUACUCUACAAGAGGGAGGAGAACAAAGAUCGAGGCCAUUGUCGGCCUGCCUGUCGCGGUGGUGAUCAGGUUUCGAGGGGGGAGGAAUGGGGGGGUGGGGCGGUACUAAAUGAAAUUCGAUAG